UCUGAUCGUUGCGUUUGUUUUGGUUUGUUUUUCUGUUUUUUUGGUACUGGUGUUUUGAUAAGUUAAGGUUUUCUGUGGUACGUGAGAAACGCUUCCUAAUAAUUUAACCAAAUAUGAACCAUUUACAACAGUUCAGGUUGAAAAUGAAACUUGAGUUUAGAUGUAAUUCAUCACUUCGGUUCAGUUUUCAAGCAUAAUAUUAUGGUUCGAAAGCCGACACUCUCACCACGCGCUUCGCAUCAAAACAAACCGUGCAACCGCGAUAAGUUCGGUGUUCGGUGCCACGCGGACAGCCAGCACAAAACAGAAAGGAACAACACAGCAUGUGAUGAUGAUGGUGGUAGUGUGCUCAAGAAGCAACAACAACAACAACGGCUGCUGUCCGUAGGAAUUGCCGCGGAGUGUCCAAGUCCAACUCGUUCGAAUUUUAAAUUCAUCAUUUCUGGUUCUGCCACGAGCGUCGUCACAACGUAUUGCGGAAAGGCCGUUCGAAAAGGUUCAGUUUUCAGUUUCUAAUUGUAUACAGAAAAGUUUUAGAGUCAGUUUAUAUUCGUGAAAUUUGAACCCAGUGUUAAAGUAAAUGCUAGUUUUAAAAUUAUAAUAAGGUACGAACGAUAUUUGACAAUUUUAUGUAAGAAAAACCGACUAUCCAAGAUGGCUUUUGCUCUGUUGAGAAAUUGCGUACGGUCCACGUUACCCUUGUGGGAACGAAAUUUGUCCUCGGUUGCUGUGUUUAGUUCUGUAAAUCAACUACAACCGGAAAAGACUCAUUUUGCGGCGGUUGGAAAAGUCAAGUCCGGCCUCGUAUCGACCAGCGUACGGAACUAUGCAAGCAAAAGCAGCAAGCCAGAGCCGGAGCGGGCUUACGACAGUGACUCCGAUUCAGAUUCGGACGGCGAAAAUAAGCCGCCACGAAAGUUCAGAGGAAGCCGAGAGAGGGGCAACACGGAAUUCUGGCGACGAAAGAUGCGCACCCUGCACGGCGUGCUGGACGUCAACAACGAUGGAGUCAUUUCGUACGACGACUUUAUGCUGUUGACGAAAAAAUUCGGUGAACUGGGACACUUGGAUGCCCAAGCGCAGGAGGAAUUUCGUCAGAUCAUGGAGAACACCUGGGUCCAGCAGUGGGGCGAAAUUAGCCCAUACAAACUAGUUACCGUGGAGCAGUAUUUAACUGAAAUGCACCACGUUGUCAACGAUAAGGACCUGAAGAAGAAGGUCCACCAGUUCUUGCCGUAUGUGUACAGGGCAGUAGAUAAGGACCGUUCCGGGUCGAUUUCGCUAAACGAAUUUAAACUGUUCUUCCGCUGUUUGGAUCUAACGGACGAGGAUGCAGCCGUUUCGUUUGCCGUAAUCGACAAGAACGGUGACGGACAGAUUACGCUGGAUGAGUUCGUUAAGCUUGGACGGGACUUUUUCCUGAGCGAAAAUGAGACUAAUGUUUCGCGACUGUUCUGGGGACCGCUGGUAGAGCAUUAAGAAUGUUCUGAAGUCACUGUUGCGCGGACCGGAAAACUUGAGAGUGAAUCGAUAUGUUUUUUUUCUCUAACUUUUUUAUAUGUAAGUCAUACGAAAAAGGCGAUUUUGAUAUGAAGUGUUUACGAUGUUAAUAUGCUAACU